AUGCCCAUCCUCACCUACCAAGACCGCAGCGUCUUUGUCGACCCUGUCUCCUACGCCGAAGCCCUCCAGGCGGCGAAGAACCUGUUCUCUCUUCCUCCCGCGUCCGCGCCCGCCAGCCGCGUCAGGUUCAGGAUUGGCUGGCCGCCGGGCGCACCCGUCCAGGAUCCCGCCAGGAGUGUCGAACUAGCAGAGGGUGUCUGGCCAGUCGGCUUGCUACCGCUUAACACGCAGGUCUGGGUCGAGCUGGACGAGGAACAUUCGCAUGCUCCCGUUGCCCUGCCUGCAUCAGUUGCGUCCGAGCCUGUCACCGAGCCCUUCGUCCCCUCGUCUCAGCCGCAAGGCAGUCCUCAAGCUCAGGAGCUACAGACUGUCGCUGGCGAAAUUGAGCCUAAGGCGCUCCCGACGCAGCUCUCGCACAUCCCGACGCUCUUCCCCUCUCCCUUCCUCACCGUCCUUGACGAAGCGGACAACUCUCUUCUGGAAAAGGUCUCCUCCCGUAUUGAGGACGCCCAUGGCAACCUUCUUUUCCGCGUUCCGCUUGCCGACGAAGGGAGCGAGUUCGCUUUCACUGUGGCUGAAGUUCUCUUGAAUGCGGCGCGCGUCCUUCGCGAGAGACAGACGGACCUUGCGAUACAAAGUAUGGGCGAGUUCCUCACGAUGGAGAACGGCGAGGAGCAUUGGGACCGUUCAAAGGGCAACGUUGGCCGUGUUCUCAGGACCAGCGAUGUCGUCCUGGUCGAAGUCGUCUGCGGUCAGACCACAGAUGGCGAGCAGUCGGACGGGUGCGUCGAGAAACACGGGCGCUACAAACUCGACUUUCCACCGACGGCCAACAUUUUCGACCUCCGCCAGCGCUUGACGGCCAAGAGCGGGGCCUUCCCCUCCGGCAGGUCCUUUGAGAUUGCCUGCCUUCAGGACUCCUCAGAGGAGACCGUUGCGCCAGCGGAAGUGCUGCACGACCUCGUCCGUCUGCACAGUCUGCGCCAGGACGAUGGGGACUCUCCUUGGAUACGGCUCCAGGCGAAGGAGUUCAGCCCCGCCGACGACGGCGGGACGGACUCGACAAAGAGGGAAGAGGAGGUCAGGCUAAUUCUCAGUCGCAUGCUUCUCGAAGCAGUGGACGACGAGGAGAAGGUCGCGGCGGAAGCGUACGUGCCGAGCUACCAGCCGCCUCGCUGGUAA